AUGGACGCUCUCAUUCCUAAACACCUCGGAGAGCUGAUGUACCGACAAUGCUUCAGCGAGCAGGAAUAUUGCGACCUCGUCAUUCGAUCGAAAAAUGGCAUCAACUUUGCCCACUCCUCCGUGGUUAGCCUUGCCUCGGCCAUCUUCAAGAGGCUGAUCAGAGAAGCAAACGUCAUCGAGAACAAGCGAAUCAUCGACCUGUCCGACUGCGACCAGCCCUCGAUUCAAGCAAUCAUCGAAUACAUCUAUACUGGCAGAGAGAAUUUCCCAUUGGAAAACCGCGCUCAAAUCCUGAAGCUUGCCUCUUUUCUCGAAUGCCAAGGAAUCCUGAAAUGUCUCCUCGGACAAAUCCGAGAACAGCACUUUGGCACGACUAGACAAACUCAACUUUCUCCAGAUUCCGGCCUCCACAGUCCGGAUAUCAAAAUGGAACCUCAAGAAGAACAAGGACAUGUGACUCUCCACCGCGUGAUCCGACUUGCCCCUGCGAAUCAACCAGAAGGUCACGGUUUCUGCAAUUCCUCAGCCUAUUCUUCCCCUCCACAAAGCGAAGAAGACGAGCAGGAAGAAAGGACUCAGCCAGACCCAGAACAAAUCAAACAGAACGAAAUCGAAGCGCGAAAAUACUGCAAAGAGUGCAAGAAAUCCUUCGCCACAGUCGGCAGCUACACGAGGCACUUGCGAAUGAUUCACUUCAAACUGAAGCCACUAUCGUGUGCAGUCUGUCGUCAUGCGUUCUACCAGCGCUCUGAUCUAAAGAAACACGUCCUGCGCCAGCACCCCCACGAGGCGAACGCGAUACUUGGCGCAGAGGAGCGCAACCGAAUGAUAGCCAAUAUGGGCCCGCCGACACUCAUGAAUUUCAAUCAAGAAAACUGA